AUGCGGAGCCUGCUGCAGCAGCGCCUGCGCACUGGAACUCUUUCUGUGAGCCCUAGUGCCACCCGCAAUGACCACUUCCGCCUCUCGCACUUCAACUGGCCAGUGCAGGGAGCCACCUACCACGUCCUGCACACUGGCUGCUUCCCCUUCAUCAAGUACCACUGCUCCAAGGCGCCCUGGCAGGACCAGGCCGGGCAGAACCACUUCUUCACGGAGCUCAAGGUCAUCAACCUCACUAUUCCAACUUUAUUAUAUGGACUUGGCUCCUGGUUAUCUGCCAGUCACAGAGACUGUGCAUACCAGUUAUGGACCCACAACAGUUUAUUUUCUCAAAAAAAAAGAUGA